AUGUUCAAGCAAGGUACGCCUGGGCUUGGCGGGGAGGCUACGAGCGCACACAAUGAGAUGGAACAGUUGACGAGUUUCCAGACGGUGGCUCCUAUGCCAAUAAGUGUGAUGCGAGAGAUGUCCGGCAGCAGCGGCUCAAAGGCGGGACAUGUGUUGCAGCACGCGCUGGCAGGACUCACGGUGUAUCAGAAUCUUCCUAAUGGGUCAAUCGUGGGGGUUGACGAUCUGACAAGGAUGAAGAUGGCACUGAUGAGCGGAGUGGACGAGGAAGUGACAUGGAGUCUGAAGAAGUACCUCGUAUACAGCAACAAGGCGCCCUAUAUGGUGUCUUUGCGGAUGAACCGUGAGCUGGUUGACACGUUCAACACGUUUGUGGUGGCCAUGGCGCCGAUUUUGGAGAUGUUCAAGUGGCCGCUUGUGGAGGAGGAUUUCUACCAGUUCGAGAAGGGCUUGAACGCCAUACUGAUCCUGCGCAACUUGGCGCAGGACUCCGAUUCGACACAGGUACUUGCGAUGAACGAGCCACUGAAGUUGUUUCUGCUGACUGUGCUGGAAUGGUGCAACCUUUUCAACCACCCGAACCAUGUCAUGUACCAAGAAAAUGCGCCUCUUUUCAUGGAACUGAUUAAUUAUGUGCUAGACCUUGUUGAGGCCAUUUCGUCUUAUAUCGCGCCGGCAAAGAAGGACGAUCCCUUUUUCAAAAACCUAGUUUCCAUAUUGCGUGUGACCAAUGAUAGAUACCAUGUUAUCUCGAUUUUGCGGUCGCUUUCGCGGUUGUUGGUUAGGUCCAAAGCAGACCAGGAAAGUGCAGCAGAUAACCUAGAUGACGAAAUCCUCAACCUGAUUGUCUCCUAUCUUCUGGUGGACUGUGACAACGAGCUGGUUAUGGCUUCACUGGAUUUUCUAUACCAGUACAUCUUGCCUGGGAGUGAGAGAAUAACUACUCUGUUGUCAAACCCUGAGCGGAACUCAAUCUUGACUACAGUUUUGCCUAGCUUGUUGACUUACAAUGUUGAGCUUCCCGACUACGACUAUCUUUCAAAAGUAGAGAUAAAACUAGUUAGGCGAGUAAAACCGAGACCCCCUACGCAUGUUCCAACUCUUCCCCCUGAUCUAUUCCAAAAACUAUUGGGCUUGAAUGAACCUAUGCGGUCAACCGCUUGGUUGAGGUGCUGUUUUGAGUCCGCUGCUGACUCUGAAGUUACACAAAUUUCUCUUUGGAAGAGCUACGAACACAUCUUUAGCGAGCCUGUAAAGCAAUCCGGAAGAAGACUACUACCUGCUGUCGAAUUUAUUAAAAAUGUAUCGAAUGCUUUCGUAGGUGCGGCUGCUAUGGUUGUUACUGAUCCCGUUACUGCCCAGAAACGGUUCGUCAUAAAGGGCAUCCAGCCAAGGAUAAAGGCUGUAAGCAUUAAUGACGGCGAAGCUGCUGCAUCAGCAAACGCCGCUGUUACUCCUCCAACCACUAUGGGAAAUGUCACUAAUGCUGGUGAUUCUGCCAACGUGAAAGAUGUAGAAGAUGCCUUGAAAACUGCCGAGGCAAAGCAAAUUGUCCUACCGAAAUUAAAAUUUCCAACAAAAUUGUCGGAUGUGUCCAAGGCGAGUGCCACGUUCUUGUGUCUUCUAUCCAAUGACACGCAGGGACUUGGAUUGAAAUUUUGCAAUAGCGUUAAGCCCAGUAUUAUGCACACGUUAGCGGAUGUCCCGCCCUUAAACGCAGUUUUGAGCGAGUUUAUGGAUAAUAUCCCUACACUUUGA